AUGUCCCCACUGGAUGAUCUAGUAUCAAUCUUUGCAGCAAUCUCCACCAACCAAGAAUCUCGAAAUUUGCUUGUUUUAGACCGUGAUAUCUCGGUACACUUGAAUUAUCUCACAAACAAUAAAUUCUCUGCAUUUACUACCGCUACCCAUAUAUCCAGAAUCGUUUGGAUUGAAGAUGUCGCCAAUAUUCAAGAUGGAUCACCAGAUUCAGUUGUGUUCCUUAUAAACCUCCUAAGUGAUGAGAAUAUUCAUAAAUUGAAUCAAUUGUCAACAUUGUUACCGCAGAUGAAACAAAACGUCCACUUGAUAGUUGCACAUCCAUCUCUUGAUACGUCCUUGCAAAGAUACCUAUCAAUUAAGGGACUGCUUGGUGAUUUGACGUCUUACCAUGUUUGGAAAUCUCUUUUAUAUUUUAAGUUCGAUGAUAUACUCUCCCUUGAAUAUCCAAAUGCUGCUUUUAAGGAUAUCUAUUUGGACGAUUCGCCUGUCCCACUUCAACUCUUGGCAAAGACGCUACUAGUAGAGUAUAUUGAUUCAAACUACAAUCUCAGAAUCACAAAUGUAUACUUAAAAGGCCGAAUGUCUGCUCGAGUAUGGAAUAUCUAUGAGAAAUUGAAAGCGGAACAUCUUCAAUCUCUCUCCGACACUCAAAGGAAAGUUAUAAAUGAUAUAGACGAUACACUGUUCAUGGAUGUCCAUUCUUUUUACAAUAAUUCAGUGGAUUUCAUCUGUCUCGAUCGCUCAAAUGAUCUAAUUGCUGCGUUGUCUUCACAACUAUCAUAUUCCGGGUUACUGAAUGAAACCUUUAACGUUGAAACACAGUUGAAGCCAAUCACAUUUGAGGGAAAACUUAUAAAUCUGAACGACCCAAGUGAUCAGAUAUUCCCUCUAAUCAAGGAUUUGAACUUUAGUCAUGUUGGCCCUAUACUCAACCAACAAGCAAAGCACUUGCAGACUGAAUUUUCUAAAAGGAAUGAUUUGAAAGAUAUUGGAGAAAUGAAAAAUUUUGUCGGUGAACUAAGCAACUUGAAAAAAAUGCAAGAAAAUGUUACCAAACAUACAAACCUUGGUGAAUUCAUCAUCUCAAAGUUUAGAGGCUGGAAUGAAAAUACUGGUGUGCCUGAGCUAGAUCAGUUGAUUGAUCCUAAACAAGAAAGCUAUCAAUCUCAAAUAAUAGAAUUCCAACAAGAUAUACUGGUAAAUGCUGCAAAUACAAAUACUUUGCUGAACACACUGAUUGACAUAUUGAAUUUGCAAGAAUCUUCACUGUUUGAUGUUUUCAAGUUACUUGUCCUCAUAUCAAUAGUGAAAAGAGGAAUAAAAGAAUCUGAAUUUUUGCCCGUUUAUAAUGAAAUGGUUUGUAAGUUCGGCUUAGAGAAUGUGCUACCAAUUUUACUCAACUUGAUAAAACUGAAAAUUGUCCAAUUCUUAUCCGGGUCAAACCAGCAACUUCCUUUCCUGUCUUUCCCAACAAUUUCGAAUCUUGAGGUUUCGGAUGCCCAAAAUAUCCAUAAUUUCUCAUUAUUAGCAAAAGCUUUGAAUUUACUACCUUCAAGUGAAAGUGAAAGUAAUACCGAUAAUAAUGUAGAUGCAGAUUUUGGAUAUCCAGGAUAUGUUCCUAUCAUUACCCGACUUGUACAAUCGAUAUAUUCCCGAAAAUUUGUCGAUUCCAUCGAAACAAUCCAAGGGAGUGAGCAUGCAAUAAAAUAUGGAUGGAAUAACCUCAGUUUAGAGCACUUAACUGGUGAAACUGUUCAAAGAUUUUUGGUUCCUGAAAGAAAGGCAAAUAUAUUUCAGUCCGUGGUUCCUCCUAAAGUAUCUUCUUUACAAAAAAACAAAAGCACAAUAAUUAUCUGCGUUGUUGGUGGAAUUACAAUGAGUGAAGUAGCAACGAUCAGACAUACAUUGAAGAGUAAUAGUUUUACUGCUCAUAAAAAUAUCAGAUUUAUAACAACUGGCUUCUUAACCAGUGAUCAACUCAUCAAGUCACUAAAUAGUGCAAGUUGA